CGCGCCAUCGAAGUGUUUUGUUUUUAUUUUUUGGUUAUUUAUUUAAAGCUUACUUCCACUAUGUAUAAACAAUUUAAAAAACGUUCGAAGAAACCUCUGAACACGAUCGAUGAGAACGCGACCAUGAAAGUGCCCCGCCUGGCAGAGACGACCACAAAUGUUUCAGUUGAGUCCUCAUCCGGUGGGAGCGAAGAUAACAUACCCGCCUCCCAGGAGCAUACGCAGCGCUUUCUGUCGCAGCACAGUGCGAUCCUGGCCGCCACUCUGGGUCGCACGCAGUCCUCCAACCGGAACAUUGCCACGCUCUCCCGGCAACCGAACAACUUCUUCGAACUGGUCCUGGUUCGAGCCGGUGUCCAGUUGGAUCAGGGUGAUAGUCUGAUACUGGCCUGCGAUCAUGUAUCCAUUGUCUCCAAGCUGCGGGACAUCUUUACGAGUGCCUCCUCCUAUACCGACAAAAUGGAGACAUUCAAGACGGGUCUGCAUGCUGCCAUGUCUCCCGGAUCGAAGCUGGUGCAGAAGCUUCUAACCGGCUGCACCGUGGACGCAGCUGGCGAGGAGCAGAUCUACCAGUCCCAGAACAGCAUGUUUAUGAACUUCCUUAUGAUCGACUUCAUGCGAGAUGCCUGCGUGGAGGUGCUAUUGAACAAGAUCGAGGAGGUGGCUAGAGCUGAUCGAGUCAUCAUGGGUAAAGCAGCUAUUCCCUUGCCACUGCUACCCCUGAUGCUGACCCAACUGCGCUACCUGACCGCCUUGCACAAGGUGGAGAUCUACAGUCGCAUCGAGGUAAUUUUCAACAGGGCCACGGAAUCGGCAAAGCUUGACAUCAUAGCAAAUGCUGAGUUGAUACUCGAUGCCAGCAUGCACGAUGAGUUCGUCGAGCUUCUCAACAUUAACUAUUCCAGCACUGAAGACCUCUUCCACAUGACCACGGUGCAAACUCUAAGUAACUUAUCGCUUUCGGACAGAACGCAGGCCAAGUUACGACUGCGCAUUUUGGACUUCGCUACAAGUGGCCACUGUCCCGAUGUGAACUUGCCGCAUCUUAUAAGGCUGCUGUUAAACGUUCUGAAAAUAGACACAGAUGACAGCGUGCGCGACUUGAUAGGCAGCUUGCGAGAAAUCUUCAACUGGCGCCACACAAUUGUGAGGGAAGAAAACUCGACAAGAGGCGACAGUAAGAAGUCUCAGCUGGAACUUUUUGGCUUCCUAGAACUAGGAUUAAUACGCUCGAAAAAGUUUUAUCAAGCAUGCCAGAGGUCAUCUGCUAGUGUGCCUGCUGAAGAGUUUACCUCCUUCGACCUGAUACUUCUGCUUUUGUUGAUACAUGUUAAUGAAGAUAAUUCAUUAUACAUUGAAAACAUUCUUCGACGUCGCAUUAAAUUGGAGCAUAUAACAGUGAGCAUUUUGGAAGAGAUACGACUGCACUAUCGACACAUCCUGGAGCAGCACAUUACCACACUGAUGAACAUCCUUCACGACUUUAUGCGAGAGAAAAAUCGCACUGUGUCCGAUUUCGCCAAGUCUUCGUACAGUAUACUUUUUAAGAUUUUCAACUCAAUCCAAAAAAAUAUCCUAAAAAAGCUUUUGGAGCUUACCUGUGACAAAUCAUCGCCCCACCUGACAACAAUGGCACUGGAAUUGCUUCGUGAACUUCAACGAAAGAGCGCCAAGGAUGUUCAGAAUUGUGCUACUCUUCUUAUUCCCAUGCUUGAUAGGAUAAGUGAUCUUACUCUCACACAAACCCGCGUUGCUAUGGACCUUCUGUGCCAUGUUGCAUUUCCGGAUCCGAACCUAUCGCCUUGCCUGCAACUCCAAGAGCAAGUCGAUAUGGUGGUUAAAAAGCAGCUGAUCAAUUCCACUGAUAAUAUUAAAAAGCAGGGCAUAAUUGGUUGUGUGCAGCUCAUCGAUGCAAUGGCACGCAUCGAGAACGAUGGAGUUGAGCGUGACGAGCUCGUAGGCAGCGUGGAAAACGUCGAUUCCUUGCCCGAUGGCCGAGGCAAAAUGGCUGCCAACUUAAUCAUACGCACCGAGUCAUCAAUAGGAAAUAGUACCGAGUCUUUAGCCCUGUUUUUUGAAGAACUGGCCACGGUUUUCAAUCAGCGCAAUGAGGGAGGCACCGGCUGUGACUUGGACUACCAAUUCAUUGCUUGGGUCUGUGACUUAGUGACAUUCCGAUUUCAGGCAAGUUUUGUCACAGAGGAUGUUCCCGAGAUUUUAAAGGGAAUCAAACUGGAAUAUCAAUUAAAUAUCAAUGAGUUGGACGAUACAAAUGUAAACACUGAAUCAGAUGUCCUUAAUAUUGGCAUAAAUAUAUCAAAACUGGUUUUAUCACCGAAAGCAAAAGCUUGUGAUUCAAUAUACAUUCUGGCUCCUCUGUUCAACUGUGUCAGGGUGCUGUACAAACAUCGCCACCAUGACAGCUUAGAGAAUAUCAAUGCCUUGCUGGGCUGUGCCAUUGUGCUGCCCUCUUUCUUUGAGGAUGACAACUAUGUCCCCGUUUUUGACAACUUUAAGGCUGAACAGCAAAAAGACAUUCUGAUCAUUUAUUUUCACACCAUCAAUUGGAUGAGGGUGUCGAUCAGUGCGUUUGCAUCACAACGUGAUCCUCCUACUCGGCGUCGAGUUCUUUCUAGACUCGGAGAGCUAAUACGUAUCGAACAGAGAAUUAAGCCCCUCCUGGCUAGAGCGCCUGUCGACUUCAUGGCACCGCCAUAUCAAUUCCUCACAAACGGCAAGCUCUCGAACCAGAAUUUGAAACGUCCAGGACCUAAACCAGCUGCCAAAAUGAACACAACGCUUCCAGAACUAGAUUUAAGUGGUAAUCAAACAACGAUCGCUGACUUUACUAUUAGGGUUGGACCGUGCAAGACCAUUAAGAUGAAGACUGACUUUGAGCAGAUGUAUGGGCCGCGAGAGAGGUACAGGCCAAUGGAAGUUGAAAUCAUUAUGCUUUUGGUGGAGCAGAAGUUUGUCUUGAGUCACCAGCUGGAAAAUGAGCAAGUGGGGGAGUUUCUUGGUCUCCUGGAGUUACGUUUCCUGCUAGAAGACGUGGUUCAAAAACUUGAAGCAGCAGUUUUUCGACAGCACGAUUCUUAUGAUGCGGACAGUUUUAAACCGCAUUUGGCCAAACAGGAAGAUUUUAUUUGCGAUCUACUUCCAUGUCUAAAUGAGGUGAAUAAUCACCUUAUUAGCCUAGCAGAAGCCAUCGACAAUGAGCUCACAAAAGUCAAUCAUGUGUACAGCAAUCUGGAUCUGUUUAAAGAGCAAUUUUGCUAUAUAAAAUCGUGUUUUGGGCUGUGCGUCCGGCUGUUUGCUUUGUACUUCGCCUGGAGCGAGUGGAGUGAUAAGUCGCAGGAACAACUGCUCCAUAAGUCUUUGCUUAAACUACAGCCUAAAGCACAAUGGAAGACACUAGAGAAGCAAAGUGUCCCUCAGCUGGCAACCCUGACUUUUCAAUACUUUCUAAAGUAUGAGAAAUCUGUCUUGAGUCUUAGUACUGCCGUUCAGCUUUAUCGAUUGCUGUGUAACUUAUUGAAGCUGGGGAGUUUACAAAGUGAUGCUAGCCAACCGAGACUUCAGCAAGCCGAGGAGUUACGGAUACUGUGUGGCACGCUGCUGCGCCGUAAAUGGUUCCACUACGCUGGUACCUUGGACAAAGGCGGACAGUGCAAUAUCUAUUUGGACGAGCUGGUCAAGGGAUUCCUAAAAAAAUCGACUUCCACGAGUCAAACCGAUCUCCUUAGUGAGUUGGUUAAGCAAUGCAGCAUACUUAAUACGAAGGACAAAGCCCUGAGUUCAUUCCCCAACUUUAAAAAGGCCAACUUCCCAUUACUCUUUCGCGGACUGUGCGAGGUUCUCAUUCACUCCUUAAGUGGUCAAGCUAGCGUCGCUAGCCAUGGUGAUAGAUUGACGCUAUGGGAGUCUGCAGUGGAUUUGUUGAAUGGGUUGCUCAGCAUCGUGCAGCAGGUGGAACAGCCCAGAAAUUUUGGGCUCUUUCUGAAACACUCCCUGUUAUUCCUAAAGUUGCUUCUUCAACACGGAAUGUCUGCGCUGGAAUCUAUUGUUCGGGACGAUCCCGAAAGGCUAACAAGGUUUUUGCACGAGCUCCAGAAGGUGACACGCUUCCUGCAUCAACUGUGCUGCCAUUCGAAGUCAAUUAAAAAUACUGCUAUUAUCAGCUAUAUUCCCAGCCUUCGGGAGACCAUUGAGACGUUGGUCUUCCGAGUAAAAGCCCUUUUGGCCGCCAACAACUGCCAUUCUGCAUUUCACAUGGGAAAUAUGAUCAACAGGGAUCUCCACGGAGAUUCUAUUAUAACACCCACGAGUUCAUUCGCCGGCGAGGAAAACAGCGACGAGGAAUUACCUGCGGACGACACCAGCGUAGAUGAAACGGUCUUAGGAGAUGACAUGGGCAUCACCACUGUUAGCGUUAGCACGAGGCCGAGCGACGGCAGUCGUCGGAGCAAGUCCUCUUCCCGCAGCAAAUGCUUUUAAACAAUAAUUUAGCUUAAUAAGCUAAGGAUUUUUAAUAAAUCAGUGACGUUGAAACCGAGUGAUGGC